AUGCCUGAUUCGUUUUUUAAGCGAGAAUUCGCACCAAAACGUCUCGCCUUUUGGAUAUUUUGGUUUACUAGUCACAUUGGACUUUUUGUUUACGGCUUUCUUAAGCAAAAAGACGAUCCAGAGCUAGCGAAUCUAAAUGUGCUUCAAUUAUCGGUAUGGAUGUCACGUGGUGCUGGACUAUGUUUGGCGUAUGACGGGGCAAUAAUCUUGUUGCCAGUUCUCAGAAAUGUGAUAAAGUAUUUGAGACUUACAUUUCUUUCUCGUAUCAUUCCAUUCGAUGAGAAUAUUUGGUUUCAUCGACAAGUCGCAUAUUCGAUGUUGCUCUGGACAUUGGUGCACACAUUUUCACAUUAUAUAAAUUUUUACAGAUUAGAGAUGAUUACCAAUGGAGCGAGACCAGCAUGGAAAACACAUUAUGAGACAUGGGGAGGACUCACCGGACAUGCAAUGUUGCUAAUGAUGUUAUUAAUGUACACAUCAGCACAUAAUAAAAUCAGGAAAACGAGUUUCGAGACAUUUUGGUAUACACAUCAUUUGGCAUUCUUUUUUAUGCUAUGUUUAUAUUUUCAUGGGUAUGGAUGUUUUGUGAGGACAGCAAAUAACGUGUGUAAAGGUUAUCGAUCAUGGAGAUUCACUAUUUGGUCUGGAGGGUUUUAUUUAUUUGAACGUAUAUUACGCGAGAUCAGAGCACGACAAUCAACUCAAAUCACUAAAGUUAUUUCUCACCCAGAAAGAACUAUCGAACUUCAGUUUUCGAAACCUUCAUUCCAUUAUAAACCUGGGCAAUAUUUGUUUCUAAAUAUUCCCGAAAUUUCCAAGCUUCAAUGGCAUCCAUUUACUAUCACUUCAGCACCCGAUGAUCCUUACGUUUCUGUACAUAUUCGACAAGUUGGUGAUUUUACUACGGCACUUGGUGAUUUAUUUGGCUGCAAGACGGAUUAUAAUAGAGGAGGUGAUCAAAAAGGAGAUACAAAAUAUGAUGAAAUGAAUAAACAAGAAGAGAUCUCUCUGUCUACAUUAAAAUUACCUUCUCUUAAGAUUGAUGGACCAUAUGGUGCUCCUGCUGAAGAUGUAUUUAAAAAUGAGAUUGCAAUUUUGAUUGGAUGUGGAAUUGGAGUUACCCCUUUUGCUUCCGUAUUAAAAAAUAUUUGGUAUCAACAUAAAAAUAAUCGUCCAUCAAAACUACGCCGUGUAGAACUCUUUUGGAUAUGUCGCGAAAUAGGAUCAUUCGAAUGGUUUCAAUCCCUUCUGAAAUUGUUCGAAUCAACAAAAAUGGAGAGUGGGUUCCUCAAAUUUCACAUUUAUCUCACUUCGAAACUACGACAUUCCACCAUCGAAAAUAUCAUCUAUAAUGAUGUAAAGGGAGAAUACGAUCCAUUGACUUAUCUCACCUCGAGAACUCAUUAUGGUCGACCAAAUUUCACGUCGAUUUUCGAUCAAAUGAAAAGACGAAUCGAAAAUGGAGAAUAUUUACCGGGUAAAGUGCGUGAUGUCUCUACUAAUGUCGGCGUUUAUUAUUGUGGUCCGAAUGUAUUGGCAAAGAGUAUAAAGGCUGAAACAAAGAGAGUGACUACUCCCGGUGUUAUAUUUAAUUUCCAUAAAGAACAUUUUUGA